GUUCCUCCCUUCUCGCCGGUUUCGUGGCCCAACGAUGCCCUUGGUGGUAGAUCUCUGCUGAACAGCCUUGCUGAUUGUGGUUCUUCACCCACCGAGAUCAGUCACUACAACCAUUUGACGUCCGCAGGGCAAUACUCCGGCUUGAGGGACGACGCACGACAGUCGAUGACACAGCCAACAACGCAGCAGCAACGAGAGUGACGAUGGCGACCCAAGCCGCCCAUCUCGGCCAGCCACCUUCAUCCGCUGAUUCCGCUGCUCCAUCUUCGUCCAGGGCUGAGGCUGCCUGCGUCGUUCCAGCCAUGCAAAAUCCCACAGCGGCCCAUCAGCCAUCCGCAGCGGCCUCAGUAGCGGCGAUGGACAUCGACCAGGAGGGCCACUCUGUUGGCGGCGUCGUGCGGGAGGACAGUGCGGCAGAUGGGGUGGAGGCUGCCGCUUCGAUGCCCACCAUGCCCGAUCUACAGUCAAUGUCAGCGGCCGCCACAUACCCGUCCCCCUCCCCAUCUCACCCGAACGGCCCUCCCUCCUCCCAGCAAGACGGCCUUCUACAGCUGCUGGGCGAGCGAGGCGACCCCACCAGGACGACCCUCUACCACCCGGCCUAUCCAGGGGUGCAGUUCUCUGUGCGCAGCGUCGAUGGUGCAGAGGGCGUGUGUGGGGUGGUCGCUGGGCCCUUCCACGACAGCCAGGAGGAGCUGUUCGCCGCCGAUCGGGGCGUGACUCGCGACCCGAACAAGGGCUGGAAGCUGGGCGACGUGACGCAGCUGCUGAAGCGGGUCAGGAAGGGGGGGCCAAUAGCGGCGGACGAGCCUUUUGAGGCCAGGACGAGCCACCAGGGGGCCCGACGGUACCUCGUCACGGCGUCGUUGCCAGCCUUUCCAGCGGUAGAGAUGUCGCCCAUCACGGCCCAGAAGGCGGAAUCUGCCACCCAUAGCAAGAUGGAGGACCUCGACGCCUUCAUCGAACGGUGAGGUCACACACCGGUGCACUCAGUGCUCCACGAGGUGUGCAUGGCCGCGUGUGGCAGAAUCUGUGCCACUGUGUGUGUUGCAGAUGCAAUAGUGAGGGUUGUGGAGACCUGAUGGUGGUCCGUUCGACGAUGUUCGACGCCCUCGAGGUGGAGAAUCUCGUCCAGAGCACACUUGCUUCCAGCAUGGCGACCCAUUUCAAGACCAGCUCGAAGCCGACCCCAACCCACCCCUCUGUGCUGCGCCUCUCGCCGUCCAACGGCGGGAGUGGAGUAUACGAUGCUGUGGCGGUGCUGCGGGCCAUCUCGAUGGCCAUGUGGCCCCGCCCCAAGGGCGGGAAGAUGGCCAUCCUGCGAGAGGUGGACGACAUGCUCGACAAGAGUCGAGACCCGCCUGCUGGCGGCCCUGUUGACGCUCAUCUGCUGGUGGAGAGGAUGCUCGACAAACUCAAGUGGAAAAGGAACAUCUGGUGGGCCAAAAUAAGAAGGAGGGAGGGAGGGAGGGAGGGAGAAAGGGAGGGAUGCUGUGUGUGGGUGGAUGGGUGUAUGGAUCUGUCUGAUGUGUCCGUCGUGUGCAGGUUUUUCGUGAUCCCGCAUAUGGACACGUUGCCGCUGUCGGUGCUCGCGGACCUGACAACCGAUCGGCGCUCCAAGGUGGCCAUCAUAGGUGAGUGAGGUGGACACACGCUACGCUGCCAACCAUCAUCAGCCAGAGCCCACGCAUUGCUGGUGUUUGGCCCUUUGCAGGACUACAGACGGUCUCUGGUAGCUGUGAGGAGUCCAUGAUGUUGGAAAGCACCCAUUCGGAUGGUAUGGAACGAACAACGAACAGCACUAGCCCUCUCUUCGUCCAUAUGCCUUUCCCUCGUGUGUGUGUAUCUGCCAGCAGGCCUCCCAAAGUACGAGGUCCUCCGGCUCAACUCAGCGAGGGUCCUCGUCAAUGCUGCCCUCGGCCCUCCCCCCCGCAAGGAGACGACGACGUCCCCCACUGCCGGCAAAGGGACAUCGAGCAGCCUCGCAGGCAAGAUGAUCUCCGCCCUCCAGGACCGCUUCGCCGGCGACAUUGAGGAUGAUGACAAUGGCCUCUGCGAGCCGCGCGCGCCCACGAGAGUGAGAAACAAGCCCAAGAAACAGAAGCGGCGUGUCAGGCGCGAGGGGCUGGGCGAUAGUGGGGAGGGAGAGUACAGAUACUACGAUAUGGGCCACCUUGUCGAGGGCGGGCAGCCAGUGGACACAGUGGCGAGGGCCCCCAGGUCAGGCAAGGACAGAGACUGACACACGUCAGAAUGAAUGAAUGGACGGAUGGAUGCUCUCACGUGUCCUGCUGCUCUCCUCUUGUGCAGCAUGGCGCCCUUGAAGUGGAGACAAGGCCAUCUGCCCAUGCCCAUCAUGUCGGUGAACGACCAGAGCAAGAAAGAAAACCCCGCAGGCACCAGCACGAAGUGAGCAUUUAUUGAAGAGAGGAAUUAUAUACUAAGCCGCCUCCCCAUCCAUAAUUGUUGUUCGAUUUGCCUGUCUGCCUGCCUGCCUCCUUUCGCCCAUUCACUCAGGGCUCGUUUGGUCGACCAGCUGCGGUCUUCGAGGGUGAAGCCGCCACCGCCCCUACUCCCACUCAACAUGUAUGGGCGUCUGUGGGCGACCUGAAUGAAGGGCGAAAAGGGAUGCAUUCCUGUCCUGUCCUGUCCUGCCUGUGAGUGUGUGUCUUCAUCCAGCAGCCGGUUGGGCACUUUGUCAUCGAAUGGUGCACUCGCCACUACCCCCUCACCCCUGCUGCCGCCCCUCAGGACGCCCUCACUCCCGGGAGACGACUGCAGUGGGGGGGAUGGCACACCGCCCAGCGAUGACAGGACACACCAUGACAUUACACAGGGGUAGGCGGACAGGCAAGGGGGCAAGAAUGUGGCGGCCUCAAUGGAAUGUAUUGACCUUCAGGCUUGUGGAGGGAUCGUUGGCUGCCGAGCUGCGGCGGUCGCGGAAGGUGCUGUCGACCCACCCCUUCCCAGCUGCCGUGGCCACUGCAUCGCCUGCUGCCAAGAUCAAUGUCGAGGAGGUCCUUUGUGCUUUCACCCUGCCAUGCAACCGGGCACCGGAUCCUUCCCCGCCGCCCACCGAGCCGACCAUAGAGGCACCCAAGGACAGCGCAGCAGGUGAGAAAGAAGGAGAGGGAGAAGAAUGCUAGACAGCGUGUCGGUUCCCAUAUCUGUCAUCUCUGUUGCGUGUGUUGACUUAGGUCCAACGCCACCCGCCUCCCAAUCCCCACCCCCACCUCCCACCGCCUCAUGUCAGGAGAAAAGCAGUCCAGCCAACAACACGGAGCUGCAAGACGCCACCGGCCGGUCAGCAUGCGACAGGGCCCCCUCGCCUAGUGCCAAGGAGAAGGCUGUCGACAAGCCAUCUCCCUCGCCCCAGCCGGCCGCUGGUGGGUCGAAUCGUCCCUCCCCGGCCGCAGCGGUAGGUGGUCCGGGCGACGAGAGGAACACCGUUGGGCAGCUUCUGAGGACGAUACGACACAAGCAGGACCCCGGCCACUCGGCGUACUCGGCGGCCUACGAGGGCAUGCAGUUUAGCGCCGAGAAGAUGGCGGACGGGCGGCACUUUCUGGUCACCGGCUGGCCAUCUGCCAGCGUCGCCGCCCAGUACCUGUGUGUGCGGGCGACUGUGCAUCGUGACUCCCACGGGACGGCCACUGGGUGGCAGAUGUGGCGGCUGACGGACCUGCUGGGGGCGGUGCGGGCCGGAUCGGCGGGAACCGACGAUCGGUUCGAGAUCGUCACUGAUGUGGCCGAUGGCCAGGAGAGGCAAGUGGCGCAGUGGAGGCCUCCGCAGCGUGACGAGAAGGCAGAGGCAUCGCGGCCUCGCAAGCACCAGGACACGCCUAGCCCAUGUGACGACACAGGUGAGAUCAAUGACACAGGCAGGACGAAAGCCACGACUAGUUCUCACCUUGUCUGCUGUUGCCUCCGUGCGCUCAGGCCUUGGCGACCGUCGCAAGCGACGCCUAUCACACGACCCUCUCCCUCUCCCCUCUCUCGACGGCGAUGGCGAUGGACGUGAUGGCUCGCUCAACCACUGCCGUCCGUCCAAGCGCCAGCGCAGCAGCCAGUCGCAGCAUGUCUCGCACCGGGAGCUGGCGAGUCUUGAUGGGCUGUGUGGCGACAAGCUGGCUUGCGCACUGAUGCGGCGGAUGCGGGAGAAGGAGCCGGGCGACUUCCACGAGCCAGACAGAGGCGGGUGAGUAUGACCAAGGGCAUGAUGGACGCUUUCAUGUUGACAGUGGCAUCUCUGUGCGUGUGUGUGUGUCAGUAUCGGCAUCUCGUGGCGGACCAACUACAGUUACGAGGCCUACUUCUGGGACAAUGACGCAUCGACGACCGUCGAUUUGCGUCAGUUCCCUGUCGGCCACGGCGCCUCCCCUGAGGCCAUCUUCACGGCCUUCCGUGAGGCCGUCGAGUACCGCAAUGCGCUCCACCGGUCGCGUGUGGGCGAUCGGGCGAUGGCCAUCGAUCUCUCGUGGCUCCAGCGAGCACAGCGGGGGAAAGGGCAGACGGACGGCGGGAUGCGUGAGGGGCAAUUCGGCUGGAGCCCACCCCCGCAGCGCCGCAAGCGCACCAAGGGGCCCGGCGACGACCCGCCCCUCGACUCCUCUCCCCCGUCCCGCCCUCCCCGGUCCAUCUUUCCCCGCCUCCCGGGCCGCCCCCCUGGGCGUCGAGAAGGCGACGCAACAGAGGGCCGCGGUGGCCGGCAGAAGAAAGAGCGUGGCUCGGGCGGCGCGUCGGUCUGACAGCUGUGACGACGAUGACGGCAGCAGCUCAUCAUCUCCAGAACCACGGCGAAGGCCCAAGGCAGCCAAGAGGGAUGGUGCGUUGGUGUCUGCCGGUGAUGUGCCGUCGCCCGUCUAUGCGUCCAAUCCGCAGUGGGCCGCCGACACAGACAAGAACACCAGCACAAAGGCCACCGUCAUCACCAAAUCACGUGAGAACACCAAGAAGCGAAUUCAAGGCGACCAGAGCGUCCACGCUUGUGUGUCCCGCCAAUUUCAGAGCACCAGUCUGACGUGACAGGGGUGGCGUGGGUUGAGGGGCACCAGGCCUGGAUGGCAACAUGGUACGAGAAGGGCGACCCAAAGAUGAAGCAGAAUUGCUUCUACGUCCGUAACCAUGGCUUCGACAGAGCCAAGGUGCACAUGACGCCGCCCAUUCCCUCUGUCUCUCUCAGUGUCUCUCGUGUGUCUCUCCGUCCGUCAGGCGUUGGCAGAGAACUGUCGUCUCGAGAUCGAGCGCACCGGACGGGCGGUGGUCAAGAAGCGAUCGGAGCACCAGAGCGGCGUCAAGGGCUUCUACUUAAACAAAGGGGCAUGGGUCGCUCAGUGGCAGGUGGGCGGCGAGAGGAACCUUAAGCCCUUCUCUGUGCGUGAGCUGGGCUAUGAGGGCGCCAAGCAGGCGGCCAUAGCCCACCGCCGUGCGAUGGAGGAGAGGCACUACACAUUCAAAGACAGGGGAGCGAAACAUUGCUGAUGAGCGAGACAGGCACACGUAGCGUGGGGGGAAGGUGUGGUCUUCAUUGGGCUGUGUCGUGUUAGUCGUGC